AUGUCUGUUCUUCAAAAAAUUGCCGAAAUCGAAGCUGAGAUGGCUCGUACUCAGAAGAAUAAAGCAACUAGUGGCCAUCUUGGUAUGUUAAAAGCCAAGUUGGCUAAAUUCCGUCGAGAAUUGAUUGAACCUAAAGGUGGUGGUGGAGGUGGUGCAGGAGAAGGUUUUGAUGUAGCCAAAACUGGAGAUGCUAGGAUUGGAUUUGUUGGUUUCCCAUCAGUUGGUAAAUCAACAUUAUUAAGUAAUUUAGCUGGUGUAUAUUCUGAAGUAGCUGCCUAUGAAUUUACUACUUUAACUACAGUACCUGGUGUGAUUAGAUAUAAAGGUGCCAAAGUUCAGUUACUAGAUUUACCAGGUAUUAUUGAAGGUGCUAAAGAUGGUAAAGGUCGUGGUAAACAGGUUAUAGCAGUUGCUAGAACUUGCAGUUUAAUCUAUAUUGUGUUAGAUGUAUUAAAACCAUUACAACAUAAACAUUUAAUAGAAAAAGAAUUAGAAGGGUUUGGUAUACGACUGAAUAAAACACCACCUAAUAUUGUAUUUAAAAGAAAAGAUAAGGGUGGUUUAAACUUGACAUCUACUGUGGCUCAAUCUGAGUUAGAUAAUGACCUAGUAAAGACUAUAUUAAAUGAAUACAGAAUAUCUAAUGCUGAUAUUACAUUACGUAUUGAUGCUACAGCUGAAGAUCUUAUUGAUGUUAUUGAAGGAAACAGAGUCUAUAUACCAUGUAUUUAUAUUCUUAAUAAAAUUGACCAAAUUUCUAUUGAGGAAUUAGAUCUAGUUUAUAAAGUACCUCACUGUGUACCUAUAUCAGCUCAUCAUAAGUGGAAUUUUGAUGAUUUAUUAGAGAAAAUGUGGGAAUAUUUAGCUUUAGUUAGAAUAUAUACAAAACCUAAAGGACAGUUACCAGAUUAUACAGCUCCUGUUGUUUUGAGAGAAGGAAAAACUACUAUAGAAGAUUUCGCCAAUAAACUACAUAGAAGUAUCAUGAAAGAAUUUAAAUAUGCUCUAGUUUGGGGUUCAUCAGUUAAACAUCAGCCUCAGAAAGUUGGUAAAACUCAUAUUUUACAAGAUGAAGAUGUAGUUCAGAUAGUGAAAAAGUAA